GCGAGUUCCCUUUCCUUCCGUCCAGCAACCGCAGCAACAGGGCAAUAGUUUAGUCCGUCCGUUUGAGUUUUGUGUUUGGCUUCUGCGUUCUGUGGUUUGGGUUUUCAUUGCCUGCUGUGUCUCAUUUGGUAUGAAAAAGGUGGGGAACGUUCCUGCGUGGUUAGUCGACAGCUUUGACAUCCACAGAUGUGCAAGUAAAACUUUGUGAACCGAAAAUGAAAUGGCGCCGCGUGGCGCCGCACUUGGAUGUGUUUGUUGUGUGCCUUUGUGGUGACAGGAGAAGCGGUGGGAGCUCAAUAUUUAUCUGUGGAAUGCAAGUUGUAUAACCUCCGUACCGGUGAACUGUGGGCUCACUGGAGACGCCAGGCAGUGUGUGUGUGUGCUGAACGUCUAGAAAGUUUGCAUUUGCGAUCUCGUUACUAAAGAAAAGAAAUGUGUGCACUUUGGAUCCUUCUUCGGUGUGCUCUGUUUGCCGUUCCCAUUCUAAGGUGCACCGCACAUACAGGUGCUGAAGCAAAUUUAGCUCCACGUUUUGUGCAGCCUCCUCGAGGACUUGUCCUGCAGGCCGGUCAGAAACGGGUGCUACACUGUGCUGCCGUUGGAGAGCCUCGACCUCGUCUACGUCUGCUACGAAAUGGGCAAGCCGCCUCCAACUGGACCCACACACCACUUAUUCACCCUGUGUUGGGAAAUCCAGACCAGGAGGGCACAUACAGCUGCUUAGCCCACAAUGAGGUUGGAACAACGCUGAGUGACGCUGCACGCAUCACAGUCGCUUUUUUGAGAGGAGUUGAAGAGGAGUCCAAGACAGUUGAGGUGACACAGGGUGAGAUAGUGAUACUGGAGCUUCCAGAAGCGGAAAGUGUACCCCCAGCAACAGCUGUGUGGUCACGCUUGGAUGGGUCACACCUGGAGGGCAUUCAGUAUGCUUCAACCAAGGAUGGCCAACUCAUUAUUUUGGGUGCACAGCCCAAAGAUGCCGGGCAAUACCAGGUGGUGCUGACCAACACUUACACAGGGGAGAGCCUCAGUGGUCCUGUCAUUCACCUACGGUUACACAAAGAAAGAGCUGAAGAACCCGGUUCACGCUUGGAGAUGGUGGUUGCCCCAACUGACAGAACGUUUGAUAGUUCUGCUGACAGCCCAAGCAAUACAAUGGAGUGCAUUGUCAGGGGACGGCCUCAGGAAGAAGUAGAGACGCUGUGGUUAAAGGACGGUGCUACUAUAAGGGCUCGUCAUGUUCUCACCUCAUGGAACCGCACUCUGACCGUGCUUGAUGUAGGAGCACUCGGUCAAGGAAACAUCACGUGCAAGGCUUCCUUACGUUCGGAUCCUGAGACGCAUCCUGUAAUUGCUUGGGCUACUGUUACUUUGGCAGCACCCCCUACACUGGUACACAAGGUGGCGGAAGAGACUGCUGCUGAGCUGGGCCAGUCAGUGAUUCUCCCCUGCAGUGCAGUGGGAAUGCCUCUGCCACAAGUACGGUGGCUCCGCAAUGCUCAACCACUUCGUCACCAUGUCAACUUCAUUCAACUCAACAAUGGGUCAUUGUUGAUCGAGGAAUUGGCGGCUGAGGACGCAGGUGUCUUCCAGUGCGUCGCCUCCAAUGAACUCGGCGAAGUGCUGACUACCACUUGGCUACACAUUAAAAUUUCUCCACCAAGUUUUGUACGGGCACCAGAGAAUGUAACUGUUCUGGAUGGCAUGGAUGCACAGUUGACAUGUGGAGUAGUAGGUUCCCCCACCCCCAACACCACGUGGCUAUACAAUGGUGUAGUUCCUUUACAAAGCGAGGGUCGUAUUCAGAUCAUGGACAAUGGGAACUUGCUCUUGGCAUCUGUGACAACAAGUGACAGUGGCGAAUACUCAUGCACACGGGCUAACUCUGCUGGCUCAGUUUCUUCUUCAGCAUACCUUACUGUUCUUGUUCGCACACAAAUCGUGCAGCCCCCUGUGGACACACGUGUCAUACUUGGUUCAACAGCAGAGCUACAGUGCAAGGUCUCCCACGACCCCAGUGUGCCAUUCACCAUCCGCUGGCUGCCGGAGGGUAUUGCUUCUUCUAGAAUUGCAGUGGCUCCUGAUGGUACACUACGCAUCGAGCAAGCACGCAACACUGAUAUUGGCACUUACACUUGCGUCGUCACUUCUCCUGGAGGAAAUGACACACGUUCUGCACGUCUCCAAGUGAUAGAAUUGCCCCAUCCUCCUACCAACGUGUUGGCCACUGUGCAGGACACUUUGCCCAAGACUGUACGUGUGAGCUGGUCACCUGCUUUUGAUGGCAACAGUCCCAUCUCGCAUUUCAUUCUGCAGAUGCGUUCCUUGUCUAACGUUGCGGUAGACUCCCUUGCACCAUGGACAACUGCCCGUUCCAACAUUUCUGCGAGUGCCACUUCAGUCUUGGUACCUCAGCUCAACCCAUCUGUGAGCUACCAGUUCAGAUUGAGUGCUGUGAAUGGUGUUGGAGAAGGAGCAGCGAGUGAACCUACACAUCCCAUUUCUGUUCCCCCUGAACCACCUGGGGGUCCCCCACAAGGUGUCGUGGGUGCAGCCAGGUCUUCCAUAUCUAUUAUGCUUCAGUGGCAACCUCCACUUGAAGGGGAGCGGAAUGGACAGCUCUUGGGCUACACAGUGCGUUACAAGCUGGCGGGCUACGCUCCUGUACCUUGGGCGACGCUCAACGUGACUGCGACCACCACACUGCUCUCUGACUUGAUCGUGUGGCAGACGUAUGCCAUUCAGGUGGCAGCUUUUAAUGAAAAGGGACUGGGAGUAUUUUCAGAACCGAUUACAGUCCGCACACGAGAAGGAGUUCCACGAGCAGCACCAACAGACGUGAAGACAUACUCCAUCAAUUCAACAUCUGUCCAUGUACAGUGGAUGCCACCAGAUCCUCAGCUUAUUGAUGGAUUGAACCAGGGCUACAAAGUAGAAGCUUGGGAUGAGGGUGAAGUACAAAGAGUAGUGCUAGUUCCACCAAAUCCGACUGCUCCCCUGGAAGAACAUGUUGCUGUGGUGCCUGGUCUGCGCAAGUACCGAAAAUACAACAUCACAGUACUUUGCUUCACCAGUCCCGGUGAUGGCCCACGUAGCUUUCCAGUUCUGGUCACAACCAAGCAGGAUGUUCCUGGUCCUGUACAGGGGUUGAAAUUUGAGGAUAUCCUGGAUGUGUCCACAGUUGUCCUAUGGGCUCCUCCUGAAGAAGUCAAUGGUGUCCUACUUGGUUACACACUUCGCUACUGGAUUAGGGACAAUCCAGACUCCACUAUUGUACGCAAUGUGACGGCGGAUGUAACCAGAGAGUACGUAGGUGGACUUAAGCCAGUGACAUUUUACGUGUUUGAGGUGUCUGCUUGGACCGUCAUUGGUGCUGGACCACCCUUGUCGGCCACAAUACAAUCUGGAAUUCCUCCAGUUCUCCCUGGGGCUCCACGCCGAUUGGCUGUAUCCAACAUUGGCGCCUUCUCGGUGGUCCUACAGUUUACUCCCGGUUUUGACGGAAACUCCUCCAUCACCAAGUGGACUGUGGAGGCUCAGACGCGUCGCUCAGAACGUUGGACAGUAUGCUAUCACGAGGAGAAUGCUCCGGAAGCCCAGGCCUUAACUGUUCAACCACUUGUGCCGUAUACGGAAUACCGCCUUAGACUCACAGCUUCCAAUGUUGUGGGUGAAAGUCCUUUCAGUGAGCCGUCUCACUGGUUUCAAACUCUUCAAGCAGCACCUGGUCAUGCUCCACGCAAUGUUACUGUACGCGCUGCUGGUCCACACUCUCUUCGCGUUCGUUGGACCCCCCUGCCCCAGGGCGAGUGGCAUGGUGUGCCCCGUGGAUACAACAUUUCCUAUCGUGCCAUAGGCGAAGAAGAGUUCUCCUGGGCGGUAAUGGAAGACCACAAUUCUAACAGUUUGGUCGUUGACCAGCUACAUGCCUUCACACAAUACCAAGUGUUCAUGCAGGCCAUAAACGACGUUGGAGCAAGUGCACACAGUGCAUUGGCUACUGAACGCACCAGAGAAUAUACUCCCACUGCUGGACCUUCCAACGUUGUAGCCAACGCUACAUCUUCAACUACAGUUGUGGUAUCUUGGAUGGACGUGCCAUUUGCACACCGUAAUGGAAUCAUUGAAGGCUACCGUGUGGUGUACCGUGCUGCAAAGGCUUCUGAGACUACACAGAGGAAUAUUGAGGGCAAUGCCACCUUUGCCGUAACCUUAACUGAACUGCGCAAGUACACUCAGUACACGGUUCAAGUGCUGGCAUUUACACGUGUUGGAGAUGGUGUCCUCAGCAUUCCCCCUGUCACCGUCACUACCUUCCAGGAUGUUCCAGGACCACCAUCCAAUGUGUCAUUCCCGGAUGUGACAACGACAACUGCACGCAUAAUUUGGGACGUUCCAGAAGAACCCAAUGGGGAGAUUACUGCGUACCGAAUUGCAUACUGGCCCAAUGGUACACACUCUUUGAGAGUUGAACGGGAAGUUUCUCCUCUUGACCGGACACUGAAGGCCUUUGACCUCACACCACAGACCUACUACAUGUUUGUGGUGAGCGCCAAAACACACGAAGGCUGGGGUCUUGAGGCAAGAGCGCUGGUACUGACCACGGCUCAUCGUGAGAAACCUUCUCCACCAUCCAAACCCCUUGUGAGCCCAUCACAAGUACAGGCACGCCAGAUGACCUUUAGUUGGACUCCUGGUCGUGAUGGUUUUGCUCCCUUGCGUUACUACGUCUUGCAACUGAUUGAGGGUGAUGGUCCAUGGCGGGAUGUUGGUAAAGUGGAACCUGGUGCAACAACGCACACUGCUGUAGGACUGAGGCCAGCUACACGCUACCAGUUUAGGCUUAGGGCGCUCAAUGACCUUGGAGCAAGCCCUUGGAGUGAGCCCUCGCAAGAAAUGUCCACACAUCCUGCAGCUCCAGGGCAGCCACCUUCGAGCAUUGUUGUCACUCCUUACACCACUACUUCUAUUACUGUUGCCUGGAAGGGCCUGCCCAAAGAGGCUUGGAAUGGAGACUCUUUGAAUGCUGGUUACAGGGUGGAGUACUGUCCAGCAGGAGAGGCUCGAGAUUGUCAGAGCCAACAACUGCUUGGGCACAAUUCAGCAACACUCACCAUAGAUGGACUGGAAAGGGAUCGUAUUUAUGAAGUUAGAGUAAGAGCAUUCAAUGGUCAAGGAGAGGGUCCCCCUAGUGGCCCUAUCACUGUCUACGUGGGUGAAGCAGUUCCAACUGGGCGUCCGCGAAAGGUACAACUGCAGGCACUGAGUUCCACAGAAGUCAAUGUUACAUGGCUGCCUCCACUCAAACAUGAAAGCAAUGGGGAACUGCUUGGCUACAAGAUUUUCUAUUGGGAUAUCAACGACGAAGAGGAGCUUGAAGCUGUCCCAGCAGAGCCAACUGUGUACACAUUGAGUGGCCUGAAGAAGUUUGUCAAUUAUACGGUGCAGCUCUUGGCUUUUAACCCAGCCGGAGAUGGCCCACGUUCGGAACACACAGCGAUUUGCACUUUACCUGACAAACCCGGACCUGUGGGAGCCCUGAGAUUCUCAGACAUUCGCAUGACCUCUCUCAACCUCAGCUGGGAAAUGCCUGAGGAACCCAAUGGUAUUAUUGCUGGCUACCUGGUCAACUAUGAAACUACAGAGCUCAACGCUGAGUCUGGAAAGGAAGUGCGGCAGAAGGUAUUGCAGCAGCACCUGUGGGUGGGAAGUCUUCGUGAAAUGGCUACCUACCGCUUUUCUGUGAGAGCUAAAACAUCUGCUGGUUAUGGUCCUGAGAGGCGCAGGAAUGUAACGACUGGACCACAGGACGGCUCACCUUUGGCACCACUGGAAUUUGCCCUACAGCAUAGCGUCACAUCGGCAACAUUGUCGUGGACCGAAGGCUUGCCAGGCGCCUCCCCCAUCACGGGAUACUUGGUUGAGGCACGUUCGGUGCCCCAUCUUGGAGAUGAAUGGCAAACGAUAGCUGAACUGCCACCACAGUUAUCAUACACAGUGAGCUACCAGAACCUGGUUCCAUCCACCAAAUACGAGUUUCGUCUGUUUGCCCGCAAUCACUUUGGUGUGAGUCCCCCAGUCUACACUGCAGAUUAUGUGGAAACCCCCAACAAGCUCUUUCUGGAGUAUCGUCAACGUCUCCCGUUCCAUCGAGAACCCUGGUUCCUGGUUGUGCUGGCGGCCUCUAGUAUGGUGCUCAUCAUUCUCCUUAUUGCGGUACUUUGUGUCAAGAGCAAGGCACAUCGUUACAAAAAGGAGAUGGAGGAAAACCUUGUCCAACGCCAGGAGAGUGAUCCACUUGGUGAGGGUGAAGUGGCAGGAUUUGGAACACCUGCAGGUAGCAUGAGCAAGCGGAAUGCCCGGCGGCCACCUUUGCGAUCUCCCCCUCGACCCUCUCCUGCCAGCAUCACUUACUCGGAUGAGGAAGAUGCCAAGGGGUAUGAUGAUCACUGUGACAGCAGUAGCAUCACGGAAAAACCUUCGGAAAUUAGUUCUUCUGAGUCUCAGGGCUCAGACAGUGACAGCGAUACGAAAGGGGACCCUCACUCCUUCGUGAAUCAUUAUGCCAAUGUGAAUGAUACACUUCGCCAGUCUUGGAAGAAACAGAACAUUGCCAAACCUCCCAGUUACACAGAUUCGGAACAAGACAGCGCAGCUGCAGUCAGCCUCAAUGGUGGCAAGAUUGUCCUCAACAACAUGGCUGGCUCUCGUGCUCCUUUGCCUGGGUUUUCUUCCUUUGUCUGAGCUUCAUGUACGAAUGCAUAUCUACAAAGUGCCAAUAACACAUCUGCCUAGCAGAGUAGUUACUAAUGGUGGCUGUGAGCUCUCAGUUUUAGGACGGAGAGUUGUCUCUCCUUGUUGCAUACACAGAAACCCACCACUUCCUAUGGUACUUGACCACUAUUGAUAUUGCUCCUAAUGCCAAAAACUGACUCAAGUUCUUCAUUUCACAAAUCCCAUUGCACAGAAGCAGGAUAUGUGCAGACUUAUGCUGCAACACAAACAUUGUGCUGUAUGUUGUGCAUAGAUGCAAUAUGUUGUCUUUGAAGAUGUGCGCAGUUCAAAAUGUUUCACACCCGUACAGGGGUGGUGCAACAUCCUGAAUUGAGGUGGACUCCAGAUCCCAACUGGUGCCCCCUUCCAUCCUCCACAGCCACUACCAAUUCAUGCCCGGGUCACAAAAAGGCAGAGGAAAAGGGUUUAUGGCAUUUUACUCACAUGCAGCACCUGAGAUAACACUUUGGUGUAGCACCUCUACGGGAAUUUUGAUUUUGUGCCCCCUUCACAAAUUCAGGUGGUCUACAGUAACCCCCCCCCCCUCUGUACCCAUACAUACAAUUGCUAUCUCAUUGGCACAGUGAUAAUGUCAAGUGUGUUUCAGGGCUCACUGCAAUCUGAGAAAAUGAGAGAGAAUGAAAUUCUGCAGCACAUGCAAGCUGCUGCGCAACACAGUGUUAAAAAUUACGAUUAAAAAUACUUCAGUUUCAAAUGGAUAAUAGUAUCAUGGCCACUGCACGGAAAAGUGAUUUGGGACUUAUGUUGUGCUGCAGUCAUUAGGGACCAAGGAAGUGUGCCUUGAUAUUUGUAUUGCCAGCAGCAGAACUUUAAUUGCUAUAUUUGCUCCUGUAAUUAGCGCACGUUUUUUUUUUUUUUUCUUUACCUCAGAACGUGUUGCCAUAGAUGGGAGGCAUUAGUUACACAAAGAAAAAGUUAGAUCUCUUGACUCAAUGUACAUUCAACUACCCUUCUCUUCUAAAGUAUUCUGCAAAGGCAUCUUCGUUGUUGCAAUCUGUACCUUUCUGUAUGAGGUCACUUUUGCUCUGUCUACCACCGAAGGAAUUCCACGUAUUUUAAAGUAUUUGACGAUGGUACCAGAAGGAAGCUUGAACUCUGAACAAAUGCGGUCACAAAUGGUCUUGUGACAGCCUUCUUGUUUUCACAGUUUCCACGGUAGCCAUCCAUUCCAUGUACAGUUGUUGAAUGUUCUGUCAGAAGUGCUUGUUAAUGAAGGCAUUGAGCAAUUGGCCAGUUCUCCCAGUAUCCCUGCAGAUUAAGUAUGGCAUUUAUCCCACUUUCAAACCAGUGUGGCUAAGUGUCCUCGACUCUCUACUCUCGAAGCUCUACUGUCACUAUCUGUCUGUCAAGAAAGGAAAGUGACAUGCAAAACAAGCGUGUAUAUGUAAAAAAUCUGCAGGGCACUAUUCCAUUACUCAUUCUCGUUGCUGGCACAGUUAAAUUCUGCGGUUAAAAUGCGUGUCACGUUACACUGCUGUGGCUGGAACCGAUGCGAUAUGCGCCACUGCUGUUAGACUCGUGGCUCAUUAAAUAUGCGAGGAAAAAUAAAGGGCGCUAAAGAAAUUUGGGCACUCAAGUUGGGGGCGCAUUAAUUAUGCUAGCGUGAGAAUUGUGCGUAACAUUGCUGGAAAACUGAAUUUGCAUGGUGUCAUGUCUCUUGCUUUGCCUGGUAACAAAUAAUAGUCUCUGUACCCAUUAUAUUGUACAUAUCAUGUGAUCUUAAAGGGUAGUCUUUCAUUGUAUUUAUUAUUCAUUUAGGAAUUCAUUAUGAAAUUUGCUAGUACUGAGCCAGUUGUCACAGGCUGUGCAAGGAAGAACACUGAGCCAUUGUACUGUGUCCUCUUAAUGAUGUGCUCUGCGAGCAUCAUCUGUCACUGGCUGCUAUCAUUCCUCUUUUUCUUUCUAUUUGGAUAUGUUAUACACUUAUUUGUUUGUGUGUUCAUUCCCAGGGCAGUUUUAUCUGCAUUGCUCUGUAUUGGAAGACUGUCAGACUUCUAUUGAAGUGCAUUAUCAUUAAAGUGUCAGUCUGGGACCCAACUAAAUAAAUAAAUAAAACUAAACUAAAUAAGA